AUGCAAAUUAUGUUUUGUGAUAUUACAGGAAAUAAAAAUUCCACGUUGAAACGAAAGAGUGAACUUCUAUUGGAUACGAAAUAUUACGUGGCUCGCUUGAAGUUAAUAUCGUUGAAGACAGUUGAAAAGAUUAAUGAAUGGAAGACUUCCACACUGAAUAUGAACGUUGGUGCUAUUGUGUAUAAUUAUGAUGGAGAAUUCCGUUCAAUGGAGCAGUUGAAACAACAAAUGUCUACAUGGCGAGCAGAAAUUCAAGUCACUGUUUGUAAACGUUUGGAGCGUUCGGCGGAUUGGUCAGAAAAUUUAUAUCGCUUUUGUGCUGAUGAACAGAUAGAGUUGGUAGAACUUGACCCGGAUGCUGAAACAAUAGAAGAGUUAAGUGAAUAUCGUGAACUUUAUGGAGUGCCUCGUAUAAGACAGAUCUUAGAAGCUGGAAGCUGGAGCGAUAAAACAAUGAAACUGAAUCCGCUUGAAUCAAAUGAACAACGAGAUUUUAAGAAAACUGAUCACCCUAUUAAUAAUUCUGCUAAAAAGUCUUCCAAAAAUUCUUUUGGUGAUGAAGAGUUCGGAUCAGAUGGUUGUGAUAUGACAAAUGAGGAAAAAGAAAUGAUAUUGAAGUUGUUUGGAAGACCAAAGGUAUUAUUUGAUAGUGUGAUUAAAGAUGCAGAUAUUCCGGAUCGUGCAGUUAUUGAUUACUUCAAAUUAGAAGCAGAGAAAACCAAAAGACAGAACAAAGUAGCUGCCAACAAGAAGAAGAGAAAAAAGAAAUCAAAAGUUACAACUACAAAUGAAUUUGGUGAAUUUGUUGGUGCGAAAAAUUCAAUGUCAAGCAAUGUAUUGACGGAAAAUUCAUCAAAUACGAAGAACGAACAAAUAGAUGUUGAUAUACAUAUGCGCAGAGAACAAGAACCGAGUGCUGGUAAUUGCAAAAAGUCUCUAGAAAAUCCCAAGAAUGAUUCAUGUAAAUUAAAUAGUGUUUCGCAAUCAAUGAUCGAUGGAUUAUUUGAAAAAAGUGUCGAUGAACAGGGUGCAAAUUUGGCACGAUCAGCAUUACUCAAAAUGCCGUUUGGUCCAGAACGACAGAAUUUAGCAGCUGAUACGAUGGCUGCAGUAAUCAAAUCAAUUGGAGAUAGUGAUUUUUUCAACAGUUCUUCAGAUGAUGAACCGCACACCUAG